GAUACGAAGGGACAGAGCGAGAGCAGAGAAACGAUGGCAGCCGGACAACAGCGGACAGCGAGCGUGCCGCCAAUCAACCAGAUCUUCAAGUACUUGCAGCAGCAGAAGCCUGUGUCGAUAUGGUUGUACCAGCAGGCGCAGGUGCGCAUCAGCGGGGUGAUCAAGGGCUUUGACGAGUUCAUGAAUCUUGUGGUGGAGGACGCGGAGGAGGUGAAUGUGAAGGACCCGAGCAAGCGGCGGGCGCUUGGGCUGGUGCUGCUGAAGGGCGACACAAUUACGCUGAUUUCGAGCGUGCAGUGAGAGAGCCCGGCCUGCAAUGUGACCUGUCACAUUGUCGGUGCUGGGCCGGACGCAAGCGGCAGGGCGUGCCGACGCACAAGGGUGGCUGGUUGACGAGAGCGGCCGAGGCCCACGAGUGUGUCCGUCCGCCAGUGUAUAUAUAUAUAGAGGAGGGUCGGGAGUGUGUAAAACUAGUACUACGGAAUCGAAGAAGCGAAGGCAGACGCCGGCCCCGAGUGCUUCCGCUGCUGCAAGCAAGCACACAAGACACGAUGGCCAAGACACCGCAGAUAAUCACGAGGACGGUUCUACUACUGCUUGUGCUGCAGAGCAUUUCGGGCGACGACCGUAUGGAGGUA